CUUUCUUUUACAUCACCCUGCUUCUCUACUCUCUGCGAGCUAAACAUGGAGAUAUCCUACUUCUUUCCAAUACUACCCUUCACUUCAUUCCUAAUUUACACAGUUUUACUCCUCACCAAUCUUCCUUUCAGUUCAGGCGGCCAUGGAAAUUGGUUCGACAGCUGCGCAAAUACCUUCAGUUGCGGAAACAUAACCGGGGUCGGUUACCCUUUCUCCGGGAAUGACAGGCCAAGAGAGUGCGGCUUUCCGGGCUUGGAGCUUGACUGCAAUAAGUUCGAUGACUCUGCUACGAUUUCGAUCAUGAAAGUGAGAUAUCGUGUCUUGGGGAUUAACCAAACCGCGAAUAUUCUCACGAUCACGAGAGAAGAUUUUGCGGCAGGGAUUUGUCAAGGGCAGUUGUUUAAUGUGAAUUUGGACUCCACGCUUUUCGAUUUUGCCUCUCGGUAUGUGAACUUCACGUACAAGUUCAAUUGCCCACCAAGUGUUCGACCUUUGCCCGGACUGGAAUCUAUGCCGCCGGUUCCCGAGGGGUUCGAUUGUCUCGUGAGUGGGUUUAAUUUGGGGAAUGGUUAUGUUCAGUUUGGAGGUCGUCCCGCUGGCGCAGGGACUUGCGAGGCUAGCGUGGUUAUCCCGGUUCGGAAUUCGACGGUGGUGGCCGGAGAAGAUGGAAGCGACUUUUUGGAGAUGAAGGAAAUUCUGGAGGAGGGGUUUGAUGUGAAGUGGAAGGUGGACGGUGAAUUGUGCCGGGAGUGCGAGAACUCAGGCGGACGGUGUGGGUUUGAUUAUCUGAAAGGUAACCGGUUUGCUUGUUGGUGCCCGGAACAGUCCUUGCCGUCGAUCAAUACAUGCAUGACGACAAGCACCGGCGGUAGCACCAGUCUGCAACUAUCCCCGGCGACAUCAGGUAACAGUAGCAGCAGCAGUAGCAAUAAAAGGCCAAUGGGCAUAGGCCUUGGCAUAGCGGGUGCAGUACUUGCUGGUGUUGGCAUUGGAUGGCUAAUAUUUAGACAGAAAAGAAGGCGGGUGGCGGCACAAGCACUAGAACAUGAUGUACAAGUGCUGCCUGCUGAAACCAAGAACAAGGGCCUUCCAACUCCUCCUUCUAGCAAUAGCCUUUCUUCUGAUCCUUCUCCUAGGUUCAUGAGAAGUAUCCCCUCUUAUCCUUCUUCAGGAUCUGUGAAUUUGUUUGGUAGAGAUAGCUACUAUUUUGGGGCUCAGAUAUUCACUUAUGCUGAACUUGAAGAAGCCACUAACAAUUUUGAUCAAUCUAGAGAGCUUGGAGAUGGUGGCUUUGGCACUGUGUUCUAUGGCAAGCUCCCCGAUGGUCGUGUUGUUGCUGUGAAGCGCUUAUACGAGAACAAUUUCAAGCGUGUGGAGCAGUUCAUGAAUGAAGUGGAGAUCUUAACUAAGUUGCGACACGAAAACCUUGUGGUACUGUAUGGAUGCACAUCCAAACAAAGCAGAGAUCUUUUGCUUGUUUAUGAAUACAUACCGAAUGGAACAGUGGCUGAUCAUCUCCAUGGGAAGCGGGCAAAGUCUGGUUUAUUGUCUUGGCCCAUCAGGAUGAAGAUAGCCAUUGAGACAGCUGAUGCAUUGGCCUUUCUCCAUAAAUCGGAAAUCAUACAUCGUGAUGUCAAAACUAAUAACAUUCUUCUGGACAACGAUUUCCAUGUGAAAGUUGCUGAUUUUGGGCUGUCCAGGUUGUUCCCAACCGAUGUCACACAUGUGUCAACUGCGCCACAAGGCACGCCUGGCUAUGUUGACCCCGAGUACUAUCAGGUCUAUCAGCUCACCGAGAGAAGUGAUGUGUACAGCUUCGGGGUGGUCCUGAUAGAGCUCAUCUCGUCGUUACAAGCCGUGGACACCAAUAGGCAUCGCCACGAUAUCAAUUUGUCGAACAUGGCAAUCAACAAAAUCCAAAACCACGCGUUGCACGAGCUCGUCGAUCCAAGUCUUGGGUUCGUGACUAAUAGUUCGGCGAGGAGGAUGAUCACCCUCGUUGCAGAGUUGGCUUUCCGGUGUUUGCAACAAGUGAGAGAUAUGAGGCCUUCGAUGCAAGAAGUGUUGGAUACUCUAAGACGAAUCGAGAACGAAGAGUUGAAUGGUGAGAAGGUGGAGGUAUUGGACAUUGUGGUAGAUGAUGUUGCCCUUCUAAAGGGUAAUGCCACCUCUUCUCCUGAUUCUAGUGUUACUGAUGAUAAGGGGGCCAGCAGUUCUAGGCCAAACUCCAUUGGGUGAGUCUAUCUUUUUCAGAUCCCUUUUGUUAAUCACUCAAAGUAGAAGCUGCAAUCUUGCUAGCUAUAGUGUUUUGUGAUGCAAUCAUGUUUCCUAUGUUAUAUAUAGUCGUUAAGUUGGUGAAAUGAAUGGACUUUUAGCUAGUUCUGACCUAAAGGGAAUGUAAAUAGUAAAUGGAAUUGGCUACUACCUACUAUUACUUUUGUGUAUAUUUCAUGUGUUAGUUUGAGCA